UAAUUAGUAUGUAUGAAUCAGAAGAAGCUAUCUUGCUUGCUUCAAUGGGGACCUUUGCAGGACACAUAAUACCCGGUUCUUCGCUUGCCCUUCUCGGGCUAUGGCAUACUAUCAACACCAUUAAAGCUUACCAUUUGAAAAGUUCAACCAAUUUCAGGUCAUCAUAUUGGUACCCAUUUGAAUUCCAUCUAAUUCCCAGCCUCAAAUACUUAGAACUCCUCUUCGUCCUCACCUUCUCAAUCUUAGCCAUUAUCAUGCAAAUCUUGGACUUUCCUUUCAUUCACUUCACUUUCAAGCUCAACAACUUCGAACACGCCACCAUGUUCCUCCAUCUAGCUAUAUUUUCAGGAUUCACCCUGUUUUCCGAGUUCUGUUCUUGCUCCGAUGUUCUGACAGGAGUUUCAGGAAUCCUAGCCACCUCUGUUUUCAGUCAGGAGCUUUUCUUGCUCCAUUACCAUUCCGCUGAUCAUGUCGGGUUAGAAGGUCAUUACCAUUGGCUUCUGCAGAUUAUAGUGUUGGUUUCUGUAGUGGCAUGUUUGGUAACAGUUCUUUGCCCGGAUAGUUUUCCGGCAGCACUUGUACUUGCUGUAACAGUUGUUUUCCAAGGUUGUUGGUUCGUGAAUAUGGGAUUUAUGUUGUGGGAUCAUAGAUUUGUACCCGAAGGAUGUGUGAUGAUGAAGAAUAUGAGUUCUUCAGAUGUUGGUAAUUCUUCUAUGCACGAUGGAGCAGUUUUGUGCGAAGGUAAAGAGGCUGAUUUUAGGGCUAGAGGUUUGGCGAAUUUACAGUUCAGUUGGAUACUUGGUGGGAUUUUAAUCGUUGUUGGGAUCUUCACUUGCUUCAAGUUUGCAAGAAGGAAUCUUUUUGGACAAUCGUCGUCUAAUUAUCAACAACUGCGAUGCAGAGUCGCUACCUCCGCCACCGCCGCCGAUGGUUCUGUCUCAAUGACCAAUUUGAAAACAACUUUUCCAAUUUCAUGCUGUUAAUUUUAGGCUGAUGGGUUGUGGUCGGAAUCGUCUGUUUUUGUAUUGUAAUGUUUAUAUCUAUAAAAUAAGUAUAUGUUAUUUCAAUAAAAUGAUUAUUUA